AUGACCGAACAACGCACCAUUCCCCCAUCCUCCCCUCCCCCAGAAAGCCCUUCCAAUUCCCACUAUACCAAACCAGGCUCAACCUCCUCCUCUUCCUCCUCAAACCAUCUCCAAAAACGCGUCUCCACAGCCUGUCUAGCAUGCAAAAAAUCAAAACGCAAAUGCUCCGGCUCUGCACCCUGUGCAAACUGCACUGCAUUCCAUCGAACCUGCAUAUUCGACGAAUCUCUCGACCAGCGCCGCCGCGUCGCCGCAAAACGAACAGCAGAUGAACUCUCCUACCAUCGCGAUCUCCUAAAUGAUCUCUUCGAACUCAUCAGAUCAGCCGACGAGCCGAAAUCUCUCACCUUACUUGAUCUCAUCCGAAGGAAUGCACCGCUCAGUGAAUUGCGUUCGUAUAUCGAUGGCACUUUAUCGGCUCUCGGCUCGAGGAACGGUGAUCCCGAAACGUUGGCGAAACUCGAAGAUGUGAGGAGUGUUAUUAAUGUUGAGGAUCCGGUGCCUGCGUUUCGUAGUAAAGUUAUGGAUAUUCAUUAUCUUUGCGAUGAGGCUACUAUCAAGGUUCCUGCGUGGCCUUGGACGAGUGUUAGUGGGGAUGACGAGCUUGUAAGUCAUCUUGUUAGUCUUUAUUUUACGUGGGAUCAUCCUGUCAAUGCGUUUAUUGAUGAGGCGAUUUUCUUGAGACAUAUGGUUGCUAGGGAUGUGGGGAGUUUGUUUUGUACUCCGUUUCUGGUUAAUGCGCUGUUGAGUAAUGCUUGUGUGAGUCUCUCCUCUCUUCGCUUGGCUUCGGUGGUUCAGGCAUAUGUCGUUCCGGGUGAUAUCUCAUCGAAGGGGUGUGCAUUCCUUGCUGAAGCAGAACGUUUGAAGAGGGAGCUGCCGGAGCAGCCGACUAUAGCUUCGUUGCAGGGCACGUUGCUCAUGUAUGGAAGAUACGCAAUGUCCCGCAAUGACGAUCUCGGGUAUAUCACACUCCACGAGGCCAUUCGCAUGGGCGAGGCUUUAGGCUUGGUUGGUGAUAGGGGCCCGCGCAUUGACCCAAAGCAGUUGUCAAGAGACAUGGACUCUUCGUGCAGAAGGAUGGCUUGGGGCUUGUUUAAUAUCGAUACCACGGUCCACACUGGUUUUCUGCGGCCCUGUCAUAUUUCGCAAGUCAACCUGCCUCGCCUGGAACGCAAUCGGGCGGAAGAUCAAAGUGUUUGGAGACCUUAUCCCACACAUCGUGAAACACGUCCCUCGUUUCUAAGUCUUUACUUCGAGGAGGCGUGCAACUUGUCCAUAAUUGCGCGUGACAUCUCACGCAGUAUGUUUGCAGAUGAACAGCGCAAUUUGAAUGAAGGCGAGCAUCGGCAGAGCCGGCAGAUGCUCUAUGAGCGUUUGAAUCAAUGGAAUGAGCUUUUGCCUGACGCAUUUGAGGAUAGAUGCAAGCCGCCACCGUAUAUUAUUCUUUUGAAAAUGCGUCAUCAUACUCUGACUAUUCACUUGUUCAGCUGCAAUUAUAAUCCAAACUCCGCCAAUGGAGGACCCCGGAAUCCCAAAAGUGCUCCCAGACACACUCCUGACUUCAACUACAAUGCGUGGGAAAUUGCACAGUCUGCAGCUCGCAAUAUUGCAGCACUUACACGCCUCAUCCGGCGCGAAUACGGCGUUAGUCGCGCGCAUCAUUUCGCAAUGUACGCAAUCAAUGUUGCGCUAUUUACGAUGUUAGAGUCAGAAUCCUGCGACCUCCUUGAUACAGACUUUCUUUCGCUUACAAGCGCAUUCUCCGUCGUGGCCAGUCGAUCGGCACUAGGCCGCAACCUGUUCCAUAUCUUCCGACAAUCCAUUCGAGCUAAGACCCAGGGAGAUGGAAUCCGUGACUCGGACUCUGUUACCGACGAUCUUAAGAAUCUAUUCGACGAGGAGACCUCGAAUGAAGGCCAUAGCCGGUAUGAUGAGUAUGCAAAUGGACUUGAGAAGCUCAAUCAGAAGGAGAAGUAUAAUGGCAUUGGGAAGGGCGCUCAAAGUCUCCAGAACUACGCUGGCCUGGGCCUAUCAGACAUGCUCGAUCGCUAUGAAAGCCUGAGUCUAGGCAAAGAUGAUGUUCUCUCUGAGCGACACCGCCUAUCUGAUUGUUAA